AUGGGCGAGAAGAACGAUAGCUCGAGCGACGGCAAAGCUGCCAUCACUGGCCUCGACUCAAUUCCUCUCGGCUCUCCUCAGUUCCUCCAUCCGUCCGAAAAUCCAGGUCAGCUGUUCGGUGGUGAUGUACUGACCAACCUGAACUACGGAGAGUGGGCCAGCGAUAUGACUGAGACUCUUAUCGCAAAAAACAAACUGGCGUUCGUCAAUGGCACUCUGCCAAGACCGCCUUCAACCGAUCUCGUCCGACUUGAUGCUUGGGACCGCUGUGACGCAAAGGUCAAGGGUUGGCUCAAGACGGCGAUGACGAAAGAACCUCGCAACAGCGUGCGUGAUGUGCGCACGGCGCGCGAAAUAUGGCUUGAUCUCCGACAAAGGUUUGGAGCAAGAUCCGCGGGUCGCGCCUAUGAAUUGCGUCGGCUGAUAGGUGCCCUCCGCCAAGACAAGUCAUCGGUUUCUGCAUUCUACACUCAAUUGAGAACCUAUUGGGAUGAACUACAAACAGGCAGCGUUAAUCCUCAUUGCAGUUGCGGAGGAUGUCCCUGCGACGUGGCUCGCCAGGCGCGCGAGAAGGCUGAGUCCGAGCGUUUGUUCGACUUUCUUCUUGGCCUCGAUGACUCCUUUGCUGUGGUUCGCUCCCAAGUUUUGGCCACCAAGCCGCUGCCCUCGCUUGCUGAAGCUUAUCAGCUGGUCGCUGGGGAUGAACAGCAACAACUCACGGCUGGACGCAGACCCAUAGUGGAAUCAGCUGCGUUCCAAGUUCGUGACGAGAAGCAGCCAGGCAACGCAUAA